AUUCACUCAACUCGGGCUUGGAGCAAAUGCCUGGAGUGGCAUCCAAGCCAAAGCCAUCAUUUGCGCAUCUGCUUUCUUUUUAUUCUCUCUUCUUGAGUUCUUAGAAACACCAACGAUCUAAUUCGGAUUGCUCUUCACUCUACUCUCUGCAGUUCAAUCUCAAUGUCGAUAUUCGAGUACAAUGGGAGUGCCCUAAUAGCGAUGGUGGGCAAGAACUGCUUCGCCAUUGCGAGUGAUCGCCGACUUGGUGUCCAGCUACAAACUAUCGCCACUGAUUUCCAGCGAAUCUACAAAGUACACGAUAGGCUCUUCAUCGGUCUCUCUGGCCUAGCCACCGACGCUCAAACUCUGUAUCAGAGGCUUGUUUUCCGUCACAAAUUGUAUCAACUGCGAGAAGAGAGGGACAUGAAGCCUGAGACAUUUGCUAGCCUUGUCUCUGCUCUCCUUUAUGAGAAAAGGUUUGGUCCAUACUUCUGCCAACCUGUAAUUGCUGGAUUGAGUGAUGAAGACAAGCCUUUCAUUUGCACAAUGGAUUCAAUUGGUGCCAAGGAACUUGCAAAGGAUUUUGUUGUUGCUGGAACAGCAUCAGAGUCGCUUUAUGGUGCUUGUGAAGCUGUGUUCAAGCCUGACAUGGAACCUGAAGAAUUGUUUGAGACUGUAUCUCAAGCAUUGCUAUCAUCAGUAGAUCGGGACUGUUUGAGUGGUUGGGGAGGACACGUCUAUGUUGUUACUCCCACUGAAGUUAAAGAAAGAAUCUUAAAGGGAAGGAUGGAUUGACCUUUGUUUGCAAAGCUGAAGAUCAAAGCCCUUUAGACAAACACUAGGCCACCAGUUUUUCCAAUAUUUUCAAACCAUUAAUUUGAAUGAAGGCCGUUGUUCUGUAACUUAGUGAAAGUACUGUUGAUAAGAUUUUCAACUUGAAGCUCUGUAUCAAGUUAUGGUGUAUUGAAUGCACCUUCUAGACAGUUCUAUUGCCAAGUUUGAUUUGUUA